GUUGGCAUUCCGCUCACUGCUUCGGCAUUACUACCCAUUUUUCCAUACUAACCAAGGGAGACGGGAUGCUACGAGUGUGUGUUAUGGUGUGUGUGACGGUGGUGGUGACGCUGGGGGCGGAGUCAUCGUCGUCACCCCAGGCACGGUCAUCCUUCUCUCUGGACCCCAUCAUGCUCUUCUCACAGGGAAGGAACGUGAAGCGCAGCAGCAGCAGCAGCACCACCACCAGCAGCAGCACAGAGAUAGCGUGGCAGAGAGAGUGUUCCCCUCGGCUGGUGUUGGUGAGACAGAAACAGGAUACUGCUCUGCGUUGUGACGUACUGGCACCCUCUGGCACUCACAUUACCUGGUACAAGAACAACCAGCUGCUCCAACGUCAGGGCGCGCCCCUGGAGGUGAGCCACGCCCCCUCCACCCUGGAGGUACUAGAGGAGGAGACCAACAUGGUGGAGUACCGUGGAGCUCCACUGGUGUCUCCUGCAGCCGAGGGAGCCUCUGCCAGGCUCCUUUAUGUCUCUCUCGUCUACCUAGACUGUGCUGACCAGCAUCACGUUGCUGACUACAGCAUCGAAGUCACUACACCGUCCAACGCUGUCUACUCCCGUAACUUCACCGUCCAGCUCAUAGGACGAGGCCAGAACGGCCGCAGCUGCAGGUUCGCUACGGUGAUCAAUUACCUGCCUCGUACGUACCUGUACUCCCCUGAAGCCAGGGCAGAGCUCGGGGCCACCCUCACCCUGCCCUGUAGAGUCCAAGGUCUCUCCACACAGCAGUCCUGGCUCAUCAACAACUCUCCUCUGCCUCUCGACAACAGCAACUACCAGGUGUUGAGCAACGGGGAUCUGUUGAUCUGGGAGGUAAACCAAGAGAGUUACGGCCGCUACACCUGCCGCGCCUUCAGCACCAGGUACAGAGACACGGAGGAGAAUGUCUACACUUCUGUGAUUGCUCAGGAACGAACCAUGUAAGCAUCAGAGCUCCAUUCACUGCCUGGUGUUGCCGCCAUGGGCGUCCAUCUGAAGAACUACUCAGCUACAACGACCACCACCGCCUCACAAGGACCUCGAAGACGGACCUACAUAUAUAAACUCUUCAUGCUCCCUGUUUAACCUAUAUUUACCCGCUAGAUGUUAGAGAGGAGAUUUAAUCUUCACGUAUCAGAUACAUACUCAUGCUAUAAUAUUAAUGAGGAGACAGGUAUAUAUAUAUAUAAAUAUAUA